UUAGCCCAUAAUACUCAAAACCCCUCUGUUUGGUUUCAUUGUCUACCCAUUUCGAUGUCCCCAGCGUUCUAUCUGGAUCAGCUGAAAAAGAGAAUAGAUCGUGGGCAUGUUUUUUAGAUCGGUCUUUCAUGUUUGUCAUUCAAAAAAAAAAAAAAAUCUUGCUUCUUUUGCUAUUUGUUGAUGUUUGUAUACCUCGGCUUCUAUUAAGCAACGAUCAAUACAUUUCUCUUUGCUUUCAUUCAUAUUCUAAUUACAGGGAGCAAGCAUGUUUAUCACCAACACUCUUAGCCUCUCUUGCAUAACUUGUAUGCAGCAGGGAGAGGAAGGUGGCAAUAAGGAUCAUGAAUCGCAUGGGAAGAUAAGGCUCAACGGCUUUGUGCCGGAGAAACUUUAUGGAGGAACCGGUGGAGAUCUUUGGGAUGAUGGUAUGUACCAUGGCGUGAGAGAAAUCACUGUCACUUAUGGUCAAUGCAUCGACUCAAUUCGUGUGGUGUAUGAUAUAGAUGAUAAGCUUGUCAAUGCUCAUAGGCAUGGAGGUGACGGAGGCGACGACACUGAUCAGAUCACGCUAGACUAUCCGAAUGAGUUUCUAGUGAGUGUUAGCGGACACUAUUCAGAGGCGCCCAAUGGCGAUGCUGUGGUGAUAUGGUCACUCAAAUUCGAGAGCAAUAGAAGAACGUUUGGACCAUUUGGACAUGAACAAGGCGAACUUUUUACUUUCACAGUUGAAGAUGGAGACCAAAUUGUUGGCAUGAAGGGAAGAAGUGGUUGGUACAUAGAUGCAAUUGGGUUUCACAUAUCCCAUGCCCCCAAAAGAAAACUCUUUCGGAAAGUUAAGGAGGGUCUUAAAAAAGCUUAUGACAUCUUGGUUAAAAUCACCAAUCCUCUUCAAAUUUUUCAAUGUACAUGUUUGUGAGUAUUAAUUUCUUGUUGA